UCUGGUCAACAACAUUUCUCCAGGAGGACUCACCAGCGAACUUCACCGACUCUCUGCACUUUAAAACACCGACAUGGAUGCCCUCAGGUCGGCGGGGAGAGCUAUUAUCCGGAGCCCGAGUAUGGCGAAGCAAUCGUGGACUGCCGGCAGACACAGAAAGCUUCCAGAGAACUGGACUGACACACGGGAGACCAUCUUAGAGGGCAUGACGUUUAACCUCCGCCACCUUGGCAUGACACUAGUGGACCAACCCAAGGGAGAGGACCUAUCAGCUGCUGCUGUAAAGAGGAUUGUUGCCACGGCUAAAGCCAGUGGGAAGAAGCCUCAGAAGGUUGCUCUUAAAGUUUCCCCUCAGGGAAUAGUGCUGUACGACAGUCUGACCAAUAAACUCCUGGAAAAUGUCUCCAUAUACAGAAUAUCCUACUGCACAGUGGACAAACUGCAUGAUAAAGUGUUUGCUUAUAUCGCUCAAAACACCCUCAAUGGGACCUUGGAGUGCCACGCCUACCUGUGCUCCAAGAGGAAAGUGGCUCAGGCAGUGGCUCUGACAGUAGCCCAGGCCUUCACAGUAGCUUUUGAACUCUGGCAAGUGGCCAAAGAAGAGAAAGGGAAAAGAGUAAAGUCUGGUUCAGCGGGAGAAGCCAGCAGUAGUUCACAUUCAGAGAGAUCUAACAGCUUGGGGAGCCUGAAAGGGACAGAUGUUGCCACAGACAACCUGUUGGACUUUGAGGACACUGUGAAUGUUGUAGUGGAGACCAAUGGGAACGUAGAAGAGGAUCAGUUGGACAACCACAGGUCCUCUGAGACCAAUAACAACCCUACCUGGGGAGUAGAAGAUGGUUUGGAUGAAGCCUUUUCCAGACUGGCAGUGUCGCGUACUAACCCCCAGGUCCUGGACAUUGGGGUGAUGCCUCAAGACUGGCUCACUGAACCCGACUGGGACAGCACCAAUGGAAACACUCCACGCAAUCUCAGCCCAUUUGGGGAGGAUAUCUUCGGCUUCUGACCACCACGACACAUAAGAGAGUGAGAGAGACACAACAACCAAGGGGAGGAGGGGUGUCUUUAUGUCUUCCUAUGAAUUAACAAGGUAUCACUGUGUAUUUAAAAUGAGGAUACAGAAAAUCCAUAAGGGAAUAAGUGUAGAACUGUGAGGUUACGUUUGGCCACUUCACCUUGUUGUUGUCUUCUUCACAUGGACAGUACUUCCCUUCUUUGUGGAAACAGCACGGGCUGCUGCCCCUGCACACCAAAGCAAUAAUAUCUUCUUUACUCAGUCUCUCCUGUUAAUACACUGCAAACAUCCUUACAAACGUGUGUAUGUUCUCAAAGUCAUCAUAUAUGAGCAUUUGUUGUCCUUUUUCUUUACUUAAAAUCUUCUGUUUCUGUAGUUUUCCCAUCAUAAUCAGUAUUUUGUAUAUGUGUUUAGUUAUAAUUUAUAGUUUUAUAAUUCUAUUUUUUUUAUGGAUGAAGACAAGAAGGAUUUAAUUCAGACUGAUGUACAGACUAUAAACUGGCCUUAAUAACAGCAGGACAAUCAGCUAUGCUACAACUUUCAGUUAAAUUAAAAAAACAAGGUUGUUUACGUACAGUAUCACUGGAUUUAGUUACUGUGAGGAUUUGGCCCUCCACCAUCUUGGAUCCAAACUGAAGAUUGUUUUAUUUCUGUAAUCUGAAAAUCACUUUAGUUGUUGCAUUUAUAUUAAAUCAGCCGGUGGAUCAUUCAAGACGAUUUGUCACAGGCUUUACUUCUCCUCUGCAGUUUAACAGCAUUCUCUCGAGUGAAGCCCACAUGUGCUCACAUUCCAUUGUGGCCAUUUCAUUGAACAUUAUAAUCAAUCAAAAUUAUAUAGAAUUAAAAUAUAUUCAUGAA